GCAAUAUGACAUAAACCAAGCCAUUGAUGUUGUGUAACUGCACGUUUUUGCCAGGGGAGAGCAUCGGUUUACAUCUGGAUGACCCACUGACUGACUGACAGCCUGCAGCUGCACCAUUAUGCCUGUAGAAGGUUCAGAGGAGCAGGUGCCCACCUCUCUCUCUAGCCCGGCCAGUGCUGCGCUCACCCCGGGAGGGACUGAGGAGGAUGGAGCCACAGGGGGCUCAGCAGUCAGCUCUUUCCCUGAAAACAGUCAGGGCUCUGAGGCUGCUGCAGCCUAUCCUGCCAACACUGGACCUGGGGAGAGCAACAGUGCUGGCAAGAGGUCUGGGGCCUUGUUGCAGAUUGACCGACAGCGUAUUCAAGCUGCAUCUGCCAGUUCUGGAGCAGAUGAACUCCAGGGCCUUGGGGUGGCUGUGUAUGAUCAGGACGUCCUGGAGCAAGGUGUCCUGCAGCAAGUGGAUGAGGCAAUCCAGGAGGCCAAUCAGGCUGCGGCUAAAGCCGAAGCUGAGAAGGAGUACCAGUCUGUGCUCGAUGAUGUCAGGUCCGUUACAACAUCUCUGAAACAUAUCAACAAGAUUAUUGAGCAGCUGUCUCCCUAUGCUGCUUCCAGCAAAGAUAUCAGUCGGAAGAUUGAAUCUGUCAAACGACAGAAAGAAAAUAAGGAGAAGCAGCUGAAGAAAGUCAGAGCCAAACAGAAGCGACUUCAGGCCAUUUUAGGAGGAGAGGACACCCAACGGGUGGAAGCAGAGCUUUUGGCAGAGGAUGAUGAAGAGGAAGAAGCCGGGCCAUCCACACUGGGCAGCAUGCUCAUGCCAGUUCAGGAGACCGAAUGGGAGGAGCUUAUCCGGAAAGGUCACAUGACUCCUUUUGGAACCCGAAUCCCUCAGAAGGAGGUAAAGAAGGAACCUCGGAAAGUGAUGCUCGCUGAGAAUUCCGCCUUUGACGAGUACUUGGCGGACCAGGCAAAGUUGGCUACUGAGAGGAAGAGAGUCCCUCUACUAAAGAAGAAGAUGCGCUCUGGACUCAGCCCUGAUGGAAAAACUAACAGAACUGUUCUCUCUUCCAAGGAUAAAAAAAUAAGGAAGCGCAUGCGAAAGCUCCAGAUAAUUGCUCUGAAGGCCCAUCCUAAGGCUCGGCCUAAGGCUGAGCCACGGCUUCCUAAAUCAAAGAAGAAGCAUCACACUGAGGGAGAAGAGACAGACAGCGAAGGGUCAGAGUACCUGCCCUCUGAUGAAGGCGUUGAUCCUGACCAAGAGGAAAGAGAAGCCAUGGAGGAGGGCUUUGGGGAAGAUGACGAUGAUGAAGAGUAUGACUUGAAACCAUACAAGAGAAAAACUGAGGGAAGAGGGAGGAAGAAAGUAAAGAAAAAGGAGGACAGUGAGGAAGAAUACUGUCCUGAGAGUUCAGAUGAAGAGGAGCAUGGGAAGGGUAAAGAUAAAAGAUGCAAAGAUGAUGGAGAUGUGGAGUACUACAGACAGAGAAUAAGGAGAUGGAAGCGACAACGUCUUCGAGAAAGGGAGGAGAAGAGAGAAAGAGGUGAGGACCUGACGGACGACAGUGAUGCAGAGUUUGAUGAAGGGUUCAAAGUGCCAGGUUUCCUCUGGAAAAAACUUUACAAGUACCAGCAGACAGGUGUGCGGUGGAUGUGGGAACUCCACUGUCAGCAGGCAGGUGGCAUCCUGGGAGAUGAGAUGGGAUUGGGUAAAACCAUCCAGGUCAUCAGCUUUCUGGCUGGACUGAGCUACAGCAAACUGAGGACCAGAGGUUCCAACUACAGGUAUGCUGGUCUGGGUCCCACAGUUAUCGUGUGCCCAGCUACAGUCAUGCACCAGUGGGUGAAGGAGUUUCACACCUGGUGGCCCGCUUUCAGGGUGGCUGUUCUACAUGAAACGGGCUCCUUCACCAGCAACAAGGAAAGGCUCAUUCCAGAGAUAGCAUCAUGUCACGGUAUUCUGAUAACCUCAUAUUCCGCUGUGAGGACAAUGCAAGAUGCCUUGCAGCGGUACGAUUGGCACUACAUUAUACUGGAUGAGGGCCAUAAGAUCAGGAAUCCAAAUGCUGGAGUUACCACUGCCUGCAAACAGUUUCGCACCCCCCACAGGUUCAUCCUGUCAGGCUCUCCCAUGCAGAACAAUUUGAAGGAGCUGUGGUCUCUGUUUGAUUUUGUCUUCCCCGGCAAACUGGGAACAUUACCUGUCUUCAUGGAGCAGUUCUCUGUGCCGAUCACCAUGGGGGGAUACAGCAAUGCUUCACCUGUACAGGUCCAGACGGCGUUUAAGUGCGCGUGUGUGCUGAGGGACACUAUAAAUCCUUACCUGCUCAGAAGAAUGAAGGCAGACGUCAAGGCCAACCUCUCUUUACCUGACAAAAAUGAACAGGUUCUGUUUUGCAGAUUAACAGAGGAACAGCGGCAGGUGUAUCAGAGCUUCUUAGAUUCCAAAGAGGUCUACCAGAUACUAAAUGGAGACAUGCAGGUAUUCUCAGGUUUGAUAGCGCUACGUAAAAUCUGUAAUCACCCUGACCUUCUCUCGGGUGGCCCCCGGAUGCUGAGGGGAAUCCCAGAGGACCAGCUAACUGAGGAGGAACACUUUGGCUUUUGGAAACGCUCAGGCAAGCUGAUAGUGGUGGACUCACUGCUGCGUCUGUGGUUCAAACAGGGCCACAGAGUCCUGCUCUUCACUCAAUCUAGACAGAUGUUGGACAUCUUGGAGGUGUUUACGAGGGAGAACAACUACACGUACCUGAAAAUGGACGGCACUACCCCAAUAGCUUCCCGACAGCCGCUCAUCGCUCGGUACAACGAGGACAGAUCCAUUUUUAUCUUCUUGUUGACCACUAAAGUCGGAGGCCUGGGAGUCAAUCUGACUGGAGCCAACAGAGUCAUCAUCUAUGACCCAGACUGGAACCCCAGUACUGACACACAGGCACGGGAACGAGCAUGGAGGAUCGGUCAGAAGCAGCAAGUGACGAUCUACAGACUGCUGACUGCAGGGACCAUCGAGGAGAAAAUCUACCACAGGCAAAUCUUCAAACAGUUUCUGACCAAUCGUGUUCUGAAGGACCCCAAACAAAGACGGUUCUUCAAGUCUAACGACAUCUAUGAACUCUUCACCCUGUCUGACCCUGAUGGAGCUCACGGAACAGAGACCAGCGCCAUAUUUGCAGGUACAGGCUCUGAUGUUAAGGCUCCCAAGAAACCUGAGAGGCCAAGGCCAUCUCACACGGUAAACCAUGGCAGCCAUGCACAUAAACACUCCUCAGCAAAUCAGAAUAAAACCGGUGCAGAAAGCAGACAUUCCUCAACAAACAUUCCUGCAUUAAAAGAUGGUAAUACCUCUCUGUGCAGUAACAACUCUCAGGGUAAACCAAAUGUUGCGACGGACAGUGAAAGCACCAACCAAAAUGGGGUGGAUGUAGAGCCAAAUAUUUCACCAAAUAUGCAGCGUACAGGACAAAAUAACAGAGAAUGGGAUGCGACCAAACCAUCAGUCAAAAACUCAAACUCGCCCAGUUCUCACCAACACGGAGACAAAGAGUCCGCUCUGACUAGCCCACAGAAACACAGGGAAAAGAGGAAGCACUGCGACUCAGCGCAGUCGGAUAAACAGAAACAUAAGAAACGCAAACACUCCCACGAUGCUCGGUUUGAAGGCCACCGCAUCUCUCACUUGGUGAAGAAAAAGACCUUUAAGAAAGCGGAGAAUGAAGACAAUGAGACAGAGGACCAGAAGAAAUCAGAUGAUUAUGUCUUGGCAAAGCUCUUCAAGAAAUCUGGUAUCCACAGCGUGAUGCAGCAUGACACCAUCAUGGAGUCCUCCAACCCUGACUAUGUUCUUGUGGAGGCAGAAGCCAACAGAGUGGCCAAAGAUGCCCUGAAAGCGCUUAAGGUUUCUCGCCAGCAGUGCAGACUGUCCUACAAUAGACCCCCUCCUCCACCUGCAAGGAAACGGUUUGGACAAAAGAAGAAUUCUCUCCUGGUGGCACCUUCGGUUCAGUCUGUCCCUACUCCGAGCAAAUGCAAGGAUGCUGCUAUUGUAAAGAAGUCUGCGUCAAAGAAGCCUGGUUCAGGAGCUCAUUUUAGCGGGGAGGUGGCAGAAAGUGACUCAAACUCCGCCCCACUCUCCUCCUCUUCCCUGCUGGCUAAGAUGAAAGCACGUAAUCACCUCAGUGUGCCCUCCAGCCAAGGAGAAGAAGCAGAGGAGGAGGACAGCUCAGGAGCUCCAGCAAGUAGUUCCACCCCAGUUCCGCCCACUGAGCAUGACGAGCUGUUGGUGGAUCUGCGCAACUUUGUAGCCUUCCAGGCGAAUGUGGACGGACAGGCCACCACCCAGGAAGUGCUGGAGUAUUUCAAACCAAGACUGACCCAAAAACAGGCACCUGUCUUCAGAGAGCUGCUCAGGAGCAUCUGUGACUUCCAUAGGAGCUCUGGUCAGGAGGGCAUGUGGAGACUCAAGGAGCACUUCCGCUGAAACACAGAUGAAACCGGAGUAAAGGACUGAACUGUGAUGCAUACUUGAGUACUUCUAGCCUGAAGAGUUCUGUUUCUUUGUCAGUCAAAAUGCAGAAAUACAUCGGUCACACUGUAUAAAAAUGGAUAACUUCAUAUUAUUACAGUUUGUUAUGAAAGGACCAUAUCGUAGGAAAGUCAUUUUACAGUACCAUGGACUGUUGGGUUAUCUGAUAAACUCAUCUGAUUUUACUCAUCAGUUGAUUAUCAGUUAACUAAGUCCUGAAGCUAAAGUCUGUUGCAAUGUUUAAUUUAUUUCAGCUGCAGUAUGGGUUGGUUUGGGUUUUUUGCUUGUUCAGACAGUAUUUCUGUUGUUUUUGUUGAUUGUUGUCCGUACCUGCUUAUACUUGAAUCCACUUUGUAUUUGCCUCGAAGUUAAAACUGUAUUACCUAAUGAUUUCCUCAAUAAUGAUAUUUUUUGUUCACUUUCAAUAUUUGUACCUCAACGGUGUCAUAUCUUGUAAUAUGUUUCUGUAAAAUGUAACAGGGGAGUAGUGUCUCAUUUUAUAAAUAUAACCUAAUCACCAUAGGAUUUGGUAGAUUUUAUAAUGACUAACUUUUCAUAAACUGUACACAGACAUGGUGGGUGAGGUGGGCUGGGGUGGGGGCUUCAAAGUAAUAUUCAAUUGGCCUACCUCCAAUUAUUUAUGAAACAUUGGCAAAAAGAAGAGUCAUUUAAACGCCAUGUUUUAUAAAAAAAAAAAAAGAAAAAAACGAUGCACUGUUUACAUACAUUGUAUGUAAUAAGCAUCUGUAGCUGCUUGCAUUUUUCUAUUUGGGUAAAGGAGGACUGGUUGAAUUAGUCCAAAACGAAAAAAGUACUGUAUUUUGAAGCCUUUAAAUAAA